AUGAUUCCAGCGUGGAUCAACCUGUCGACGCGGUGGAGUCUGACCAGUGUGCAAGCGGCGCUCAACACGAUUAUUUCUGUUCUGGGGACGGUGGGGGUGUGGGCGUUCUCGAAGUAUUGGUGGCAGCGAGGAAGUGCCAGCAUCCUUCGACACAACUCUGAGGAACACUGGCAUCUCCUCGGCCAAUUGAUCGGAGUUCUGGCGGUCACCCUUGGCUGUAUGUUUGCUGGCCCCAUCGCCAAAGGGUCGCUCAAGGUCACCCGUACAGUCCAACGAACUCGUCUCGAGGUCCUUCCGACGGUCAAGGGCGACGGUUACGAAGCGAAUCUUCUCGAGAUGAACGUGUUGUGGAACAACACGAUCCGAAGCUUGGACCAAGCCAACUUCUCGCGCAACCACAUGCUCGAAUACCUGCCCCCUUACAGUUCAUCAUGGAUCUACGAACCUAGUCAAUGGGAUCCGACGUGGACUUUGGCAUGCAACUCCACUGAAGAGACGCUACUCCACAAUAUCAGCGCCGUCGGCAACUAUACCUUCCUCUCUCCCAUUGAAGCGUUUCCGGGCUAUCGCAGGACCUAUGACCCCACCUGGUUGAAUGCAUCCAAGUAUCGUACACAGGUCGACUUUGCCUCGUGGUCCACGACUGAGCCAGCCUUCAUCUUUGAGGAGGCGCUGUUCUUCAUCCUGAUACAAUCCGACCCAGUGGCUGACGAUCGCAUGUACACCAACAACGCCACGAUGGACAUUUGCUUCUCCGUGCUUCACCUUUCACACUUCAAUGCAACCAGCGUGGCGGAUCCCACGUUGGAUGCUGAAGAUACGUGGCUGUUCGUCGGGCCGGUCCACAACGCCAGCUAUACCCGAAUCGAGUGUACCAUCACCCGCAAGCCCGUGGUUCCUGAUGAAGAGAAAAUUCCGUGGAUCUGGACAAACGACACGUUUUCCAUAACCAAUGGAUACCGGACGUACUUUGCCAACAUACUGGAAUCGGCCGCGAGCCAGAAGCUUCCAGUGCUGACCCCGACGCCCUUGGACAUCUUGAGAAUGUGGCAGACAUACUUUGUCACCGUCAACACCAUCUACGCUUCCCCCGUCCCGCGACUUGUCAGCAUUUCGAUAGACACGGUCCAGCUGUUCACGGGAUUGCUCUUGCCGCUGGUCAUUCUCACAGCGCUGACCAUCUGGACAUCCGGACGCUACUGGAUCUUCAUGUUGCGCAACAAGGCAAAGCUGGACAAGCUGGGCAUUCCGGACAGCAAGUUCGAGUGGAUCAUCCAGGGAGCCAAAGUCCUUUGGACGAGUCAAGAGGAGGUCGAGGAAGAGCAUACCGAGAAAGACGAGGUUGCACUUCCUUCCCCAUGUUCGGUGACACAGGGAGACAGGGACUACCUCCACUCGGCAACCUUUGGCUAUCGGUGCUCUAAGGUCCCCAAGCCUACAGCCGAUCCGCCGUUGUUACUGAUCCCGGAACCAAGUCUUGCGCGCAUCCAUGUCCCUAGAUCGUCGCGCUCGACGACGCCCGCGGCGAGUGUUUCGAGGGCGAUAUCGAGGGAUUCUGCGCGCUUGGGGGAGAGGGCGCGCACACAAUCACCGUAA